AUGAAUUUGUCAGUCGCAUUGUUGGCGCUCGUCGCCGUCUGUUGCUCCUGUGGACCAGCAACAGCAGACAUAUCGCUGAAGCAAUCGCCUCGCUUCGAGGAGAGCAGCUAUGGAAAUUCGCGUUAUCAGAUCUUUGAGCAUGAUUUCCAACGCAAGCAACCGUUGCGCCUGCAACCAGCUGUCUCUUACCGUGCAGCCGGCUAUUUGCCGCCCACAGUUGCCACGCCCAGCGCACAGCAACAGCAACAGAUUUAUCAAACUGCUGUUAGCUCCAGUUUGAGUUCGACUGCACCACAGCAAUUCACUCAGCAGGCACAAAGCUAUCAGGCACCUGGCUAUUUGCCACCCACCGGCAGCAACAUCGAGCAGCAACAGCAACAGGUGCAACAGCAACAGGUACAUGUGCAACACCAACAACAACAGUUGCAAUUGCAACAGCAACAGCAGCAACAACAACUCAUCAGCAAGCCUACCUACAGAGGCAAUGACUAUUUGCCGCCAACAACCAGCAGCACAACAACAGCAACCAGCGCCACAGCAACAGCUGCAGCCAUUCCCAGCUACGCACAACAGCAACAGUCUCAAGUCUAUCGCGCUCCUCCCUAUUUGCCACCCCAGCAGCAGCAGCGCCAGCAGCGCCAGCAGCCACAGCAUUGUCAGCGGCAGCAGCAGCUCAAGUCACAACCACAACAGGUACAACAGCAACAACAGCAAGUGCAAGCAACAGCCACGGCAACAGCAACCGAGUAUCAGGCGCCUGGUUAUCUGCCACCUGGCUACGAGUUUGCCAAUCCCGAUCAGUUGCCAUUGGCGCCUGUGCAGACGGUUGCUGCCGUGCAGCAGCAGCCAGCAGUUGGCGAAUAUCGUGCACCAGAUUAUUUGCCACCCAGCUACGACGAGGUCAAGCAACAACCACAGCCACAACCACAACAGCAGCAGCAGCCACAGAUUGUGUAUCAGCAGCAGCCACAGCAAGUGCAGCAGCAACAGGUUGCAGUUCAGCAGCAACAAGUGCAAGUUCAGCAGCAACAACAAGUGCAAGUGCAACAGCAACAAGUGCAAGUGCAACAGCAACAAGUCCAGGUACAGCAGCAACACGUUCCGACUCAGCAGCAACAAGUGCAACUGGUGCAACAGCAACCACAGAUCACUCAUCCUGGCGCCUUGCCCGAAGGCUACGAGUUCACCAAGCCCGAAAACUUUGAGGCCGCCAUUGCCGAGCUGCACAGCCUGCAAACGCAAACGAAAUUGCUGAAACAGCAGCAGCAACAGCAGCAAUUGCAGCUGCAGCAACAACAGUUGCAACUGCAGCAGCAGCAGCAGCAGCAGCAGCGUCAACAGCAGCAGCAACCACGACAUGUUGGUGCCGUGCAAGGCAGCAACAUUAUCUACGGCGCACCCAAACAGCAGCAGCAACCAACAACCGCCACGCUGACAACAGCAGCGCCUGUUGCACGUCCCAUUGCGGUUGCUGCCCCCGCCCCCGUGGCUGCUCCAUUGCCAGCGCCACCUACAACACAACACACACACAUACACACGCUGCGCAGCUACAUGAACACGGUGCAGCCAUUGGCACGCUACGGCCAACCACAGCCACAGCAGCAGCCACGUGUAGUGGCACAGCAGCAGCAACCACAAAUCAUUGAAGUUGCGCCCAUGUAUCGCGAGCAAUCGAAGCGACCACGUUUCUAUGCGCCAGCCAUGUCUUAUGCACGCAAUGCGUUGCCCACGCAAUACCAUCAGCAUCAUCACAUUCAUCACGUCCAACAACAGCAGCAGCAGCAACAUCGUCAAGUGCAACAGCAACGCGCUACGCUCAACUUCCAGGCGCAGCAAUCGCUGCAAAAGUUCAUGCCACGCGAAAUGCAAAUGGCCGUCAAUGUGGCUGUUGCUGCCGCAGCGAAUGUGCCACGUGGCAGCUCUCGAGUGCGAACGGUGCAAAUCGUGAAGCCGCAUGCAGUGCGUACGUUCAAGGUGCUCGAAACUUUGGAUGCUGCUGGCGUGAAGACGAUUAAAAUCUUGGGCACCAGCAACGAGCAGCCAAGGGGGCAACAUCACAUUGUCAAGGUGGUGACACAAGAUGCGCACAACGGUGUCGAGAAUCAUGUGCAGACCGUCAAGAUCUACGACGAUCAGCAGGAGUAUGUGCCACCCCAACAGCAACCACAGCAACCACAGCAGCCACAGCAACAACAAGCGCAGUCAACGACACGCGGCUACUUGCCACCAACGGCGGCACGUCCACGAACGCGCAUCGUGCGUGAGGCAAGCAAAGUGCGAACGCUGCGUUUGCUGCCUGUGGCCAGGCAUUAAAUUUAA